UUGCAUGUAACUUUUAUUUUUGUCUUUUUUUUAAGGUCAACACACGAACGGUGGCAGAAUGUGUUGCGUUUUACUACAUGUGGAAGAAGUCCGAGCGAUUCGACUUUUUCGUCCAGCAAAACCGAUUCGGGAAGAAGAAGUUCAGCAGUUAUCCUGGCGUCACGGAUCUGAUGGACCGGUUGGUGGAUGAAGCCGAGGGUUUGGUGGAUGGAUCUGCGUCUGUGUGUUCCAGCGGCAGUGGCAGGAUCGAGCCUCCAACCGAGCAACAGCUCAACCUGCUCAACUCCAUCACAGCCAGUGACCUCUCGGCGUUGACCAGCACAGUGGCAUCGGUGUGUAACCCCGCAGACGUCAGCUGUCUGGACUCCUACAGCUUCUCCUCGCUGGACGGGCUUCACCGCGGUCCCCUGAGCCACGAAGAGCCGCUCAACUACUCCAGCAACAGAGACGGAGACUGCCUCAACCUGAUGGAGACGGGCUUCUACCACUCGGAGCUCGGGCAGAUCAGUGUGUGCGGCGAGGACUGCGAACGCCCCCCGGCCAAGCGGAUGAAGAUGGGCCUGUCGGAGCCGUUCUUAAACGACAGCAGGAACAUGAGCGUGGAUUUCGAGGGCCGCACGCACCACAUCACAAGUGCCAAAAUGGCAGUUUCGGUCAGUGACUUCAGCGAGGCGGGCAGCUACAUGGGAGCACACACACUACAUCAGCACACGGCGCUGCAGUCGGAGUAACACUUCGUGCUUCAUGCAAUCCAAUAUAUUCCUUCAGUUUCCUGAUUAUAUAUACAUGUGUGUAUAUAUGUACAGAUUGAUCUUUUUUUUUUUACUAUGACAUCAGUGAUGUCUAAUUGUACAGACCUAAAUCUUGAUUUCUCAAGAGCUAAUACAGCCAUUUAUUUUCCAGUCUUGAAUUUUUGGAAGUGUCAUAAGCGUGUGUGCGUCCGAAUACUGUGGAAAACAUGAACUGGCGUACGUCGGCCGACUGCAAGGAGGUUUUCUAAGCCAUCAUCUUGACGACAUGAGCUCGGCCUCUCUGUGUUUCCCAUCAAGUGUUUACAGCUCUGCCUUCGUCUGGAUGGCGUCUAGGACCACUUCUUAAUUUGGGUUUUUUUUGCACCAUGGAAAGUUCAGCCUUGGGAGGUUUUCUGCUAUUUCGAAAUGACUGCAAAAACAAACCUACGAACAAUUGAAAGUGGAAUAGGCCCUAAAUACAGUAGAGGUAUUAGUGUGUGUAAUUGAUCUACUUUUGCGCAUAUUUAUUAGUGUUUCUCUUGCUUUAGCAGUCUGCGUUUUGCAUAUUUAUUGCAAUGAAGACCAUUGGACUGCAUUACAGUCAAAAUCUUUGGUUUCCCAAAGUGGUUUUGAAAUACUGGCACAUGCAUUUUUUUUUGUUUUUCAAUCUGUUUUGAUAUUUAGAGAUCACUAUUUAUUGAAAAACCUUUUUUGCAGGGAUUUCUCAUCAUGGGAACCGAACCCAAACCCGCAGUUUUACCCGUCUGCUCCCUUCAGUAACUUAAUUAUGCAACGUUGUAAAUGACUCCUCGUCGUCAUCGUUUGUGUUCGUUUGCGUUCCAAGUCCUUGAUGAAGGCCUGCAAGCACUGACCCGACGUUUAUCUAUGCAUCAAGAAUCGCUUACAGAUGAAACGGAUCAUUUCGGACCUUGUUUGCUUGUUUUAUUUAACACGCUCUCGUAUGGCAAUAAUUUGUAAAUAUGUAGAUAUCACAUACCUUCCUUUUUUUUUUUUACUUGCUUUUGAGUCUGCGUGUGCCACAAGAAUGCCUUCUCGACUUACUUUAACCGUUCGUUUGAUGCUUUUCCUCAAAAGAGAUUUGCUUAAGAAGAGAGUUAUUUAUUUAUUUAUUCACUUGACUGCAAGUGGGUGUUGUAUUUAGCGUCCGCUGGAGACGAAGAGCCGUCGUUGUCUUCACAGGAAGUCGCGGCGCUAGCUGAAUGUACAGUAUUAUCACAUCUUAGGGAUUUACUGAACUCGAAUGUCUCUUGGUUAAGGCAGAAGCCCGGUUUGCAGUAUUGCCUUAACCUUCAUUCAGAACUUGGGAGGGUUUUCAGGACGGUGAUCUCUCUCUCUUUUGGACGGUUCACGCUGUGUCUAAAAUAGUUUCCUCGUACCUGUGGACUGAAUCCUCCAUAUUUAUAUUUUUGGACUUGACAUACUUGAAGGAUGUGUAUUGAUCAGUUUAAAUACAAUAUUCUCCAAUGCAGUCCUGUAGGUUGUGCAAUUAAUUUCUUCUGUCCCUUACGAGAAUGGAAAAGAGCUUUAGGAAAUGUCUUGGUGCAGUAAUUUGUGUCCAAAAAUUUGUGUUAAAAAAUGAAUAGCUUAACAUUUGAAAUUGUAAUGUAAUGGUUGUCUGCUUCCAGGGAAAGAAAAUGUACAUUUGAAAACCUUCCAUUUAUCUUUGGAAAUGUUGUAUGCUUUAUUUUGUUUCAUAUUCGAUUGGUUUUCAUUCACUUUCAUGCUUUUCGGAGGCGGGGAAGUUACUAGUUAAAGUUGUUUUUCAACAAAAUUUGAUGUGAUUAAAAUUAUAGUGUUGAAUAGACAAUCAAACGUCGAUUAAUAUUGGAAAAGGACAUUUUAUCAUUCUAAAUGUUUGUACAUAGACGCUGUUCUUGUUUUGUUGGUUUUUAUUUUGUAUUUUAUGUUGUACCUAACUGGCGAACCAUUCCAGAAAUAAAGUUCUGGAGAUAUUA